UAUUUGAUGUGUUUCUGAUGAAUUUUCCCCUUUUGAAGAAUGCAUUUAUAAUUCAGGAUCUUAUCUUACCCAACGCAUAACUUAUGCAGGGUAAAAACUGAUUAUUGUAUAUCAUGGGAUUAUUACCCCUGGAGUUUACGGACUGUCUUACGAACAGUCCUUAUUUUCGUGAGAAUCUACACGCCCACGAAAAAGAAUUGGAGAGAACUAGUCAAUCAAUUAAAGUAUUGAUAAAAGAAGUUAAAGAUCUCCUAGCGGCUGCCAAACAACUUUCGAGAGCUCAAAGGAACGUCGCAAACACCUUGUAUAACUUCAAACUGGAAUGUAUUGGGAGCAGUCAGACAGACGACGAACUGGUAAUUGAUGGAGCCUUGAAAGAAUUUAGCAACUUGCUAAAUGCCAUCGAAGAUGAAAGAGACAGAAUGCUGGAACAAGCACAGGCCGCCUUUAUUGACCCUAUUGAAAGUUUUAGGAAAGAAUACAUUGGUGGAGCUAAGGAAAGAAAGAAGAAAUUUGACAAAGAAACUGCUAAAUUUUGCCAGUCCCAAGAUCGACAUUUGAAUUUGUCCACAAAAAAGAGUGGCAAUCAGCUUCAAGAAGCUGAUGCCAGUUUGGAAAUGGAGCAAAAACACUUCUUUCAUGCCUCUCUUGAGUACAUAAUUUUUUUGCAAGAAGUCCAAGAACGAAAGAAGUUUGAAUUUGUUGAAACUAUAUUGAGCUUUAUGUAUGGCUGGUUGACAUUUUAUCAUCAAGGGCAUGAAGUGGCAAAGGAAUUUAAAUCUUUCAUGACAGAUUUACAAAGAAGGCUGCAAAAGACUAGAGAAAAUUUCACCACUACACAUGAGGAAGCUGCGCAUUUAAUGGAAAGGCUCUUAGAUAAACCUCAAGAUCCUGGUUCCCUUAAUAAAAUGUUCACAAGACAAGGAUACUUAUAUUUGAUGGAAAAGAAAGCUCUGGGUACAACAUGGGCCAAACAUUUUUGUCAGUACCAGAAGGAAAACCACAAAUUUACAAUGAUACCAUAUUCACAGACAACUGGAAAGAUAGCAUCACCAGAAACAUUUAUUCUAAAAGAAUGCAUUAGGCGCAUGUCCGAUUCUAUUGAUAAAAGAUUUUGUUUUGAUAUAAUAUCAGAAGAUAGACCAACUGUUCUAACAUUUCAAGCUCUUUCUGAAGAAGACCGCAGAUUGUGGAUGGAUGCAAUGGAUGGGAAAGAGCCUGCAUAUAGUCAAAUUGGUAAACAGCCUAAACAAGAAGAAUAUUACUUAGAUGAAGUAGGAUUUGCUUUUGUAAGACAAUGCAUCGAAGUCAUAGAAUCCCGAGGAUUGAAUGAUGAAGGCUUGUACCGUUUAGUUGGUGUGAGCUCAAAAGUUAACAAACUAACUCAAAUGGCUUUAGAUAGGCGAAAAAGUGACAAAAUAAACUUAGAUGAUACAGAUGAGUGGGAAAUAAAAACUAUUACCAGUGCUUUAAAAAAUUAUUUUAGAAACCUUCCAGAACCCUUAAUGACAUUCCGGUUACACAGUGCCUUCAUAGCUGCAGCUAAACUAGAUAAUAUGGAUGAAAGAAUUGAAGAAAUACAAUCCCUUGUUCAUCGAUUACCAAAACCAAACUACAGUAUGUUAGAAAUUCUUAUUGCUCAUCUUUGCAAAAUUGCUAAACAUGCAGAUAAGAAUUUGAUGACAGUUUCAAAUUUGGGUGUUUGCUUUGGCCCAACCCUUUUACGCCCAGAAGAAGAAACUGUUGCAGCAAUUAUGGACAUCAAAUUUGGAAAUAUUGUGCUAGAAAUUUUAAUUGAACAGCAUGAAAAGAUUUUUUGUUCUUCUGCCAUGAAUGGUGAGUCUAAAGUAGAUGGCUUAAACUGCAAAGAUUCUCAAAAGUCCACUGCCACUUCACAUCACAGCUCAAAACACACAGACUCUCACUUAGAGCCUGUGGCACCACAACGAAGGGCUAAACGAGAAACUGUGUACAUCAUGGAUGCCGGAAGACCACCAGGUCGUUCAAAUCAUUCCUCAUCUUCUCAUUCAGGAUUCUCUGUGUCUCCUAGAACUGAGAGCAUGUACUUGGACAAUUCAUCCUCUGCCCAGAGGGUCAUGGUUGUGCAGCCUUCAUACGUGCAAAGACAGUCAUACCAUUGUCUGAUGACGUCAUCAGUGCAAGAACAUUCUAAUAUGACUGCAUCUUCCUCUCAAAAAUCAUAUUCAUCAUCCUCAUCUUCAAGUAAUGUUCAGCAGUCCUCUAGUAGGCCUCCACAUUCCUCUCUGAAUGUUGGUUCCAAUCAGCAAUCAAGAAAUGCUGCACCCCAAAGAACUAGGCAAAAGCCUUUAGUUGUUUAUAAUCCUUCAUGGAAUGACAACCACACAUCCAGCAGCAGCAGUUCUGAGUCUCUCAAUUCUCCUCGCUCCUCUGCAAAUUCAAGCCAUCACAUGCUGGCCCACACAUCACCAUCUUCUUUAAAGUCUAGCUCCUCCCACCACCAGCCUCUCUCUCAUGGGUCUCCACCAGUUCGAACAAGCUCUUCCCACCACCAGCUGGCUACACAUUCUGCUCCAUCAUCCACGCAGCACCACCAUCAUUCUCCAUCAUCACAGCCAUCGGUCAAGACGAGUCCCUCGCAGCAUCGUCGAAUGGAUAAGUCAUCUUAUAGCCCAGCACAUUCCCCUAAUAGAGCUGGAAGCAGAUCUGCUGAUGGCCAUCGAGGAACACAGGCUGCAGUUGGAGCAGAAAAGCCCCGGAGAAGCAAUCGAUCGUUGGAUGUAGGACACCAAAGACAUGGCUCUGCAGGUUCAAGGGACUUUUUCAUCAGUGGUAGUCGACAAAACAGCCUUUUCCCUGCUAGUUCUUCAACUUCAUCAUCCUCUUCCUCCUCUUCUCUAACAACUAAUAAUGGAAGACGAGUUCGAACCCUAUAUGCUUGUGUUGGCGAAAAUGAUUCUGAGUUAUCAUUUGAACCUAAUCAAAUCAUUUAUAACGUAAGACAAUCCAGGGAGCCAGGAUGGCUGGAAGGUUGUUUGAAUGGCAGAACUGGAUUAAUACCAGAAAAUUAUGUAGAAUGUCUCCCUUGAUAUUACCAACCAAUAUAAGAAAAC